UCUGUUCUUACUCGAAUGCUUCUACGAUGGUCUGCUGUUUUUGCAGAAGACACACGUUGGCUUCCCGGCUAUUUUUGUUGGAUCAAGAAUCACGUAACCAACCGAGUAUUGUUAGUUGGUUGUUUAAAAAAAAGUCCGUUUUUACUAAUUAAUUCAGGUACUGGGAGUGCUACAGAUAUGGGUAACACAACAUCAAUUGCACAAACCACUGCUGAUUCUUUAACCAAACCACUAUAUGGCGCCAACCAAACCCAGCAGUAUAGCCAUAGCAGUUCUCCUCACGCUGAUCAAAGGCACAUGAAGUAUGAUGGUUCAUAUCCCACUGAGUGCCCAAUGCAUGCUCAGGGAGGUGUAAAAGCCUCAGCAGCACCUGCACAACCUGUGGAAUAUCCUAGUGAAUGCCCAAUGAGCAAUGAUCAUAAAUUAGAAGCCAAAACAGAAUCAAAACAAACCCAAACUAUGCAAUAUCCAAGUGAAUGCCCAAUGAGCGGAGAAAAUGGCUCACUCCUUUUAAAUACAUCUGGGGAUGUAAAUCCACUGAACAUGAUGCCCCCACCGAAUCAAAGACCUGCUCCUGAUCAGCCGUUCAGUUUGCCUACACAGAGGCAAGUAUCGUCCAUCCCGAAAGCAGGAACUGAGAACGAAUUCUGGCAGUAUCCCUCUCAGCAGAUGUUUUGGAAUGCGAUGUUGCGAAAAGGUUGGCGAUGGGAAGAAUCAGCUUUAGAACCAAAAGAUAUGGACGACAUCAUCAAGAUUCACAAUUCGAAUAAUGAACAAGCUUGGAGAGAGGUUUUAAAAUGGGAGGCUCUACACGCGUCUGAAUGCGGCAGUCCUCGCUUAAAAAGUUUUGGAGGAAAAGCCAAAGAUUAUUCUCCUAGAGCGAGAAUUAGGCAAAUGCUGGGCUACGAAUUGCCGUUUGAUCGCCAUGAUUGGAUUAUUGAUCGCUGCGGUCGUGACGUUCGCUAUGUCAUUGAUUACUACGACGGCGGGAAGGUGACCGAGGAUUAUAAAUUUGCAUUGCUAGACGUGCGACCAGCCAUGGAUUCAUUCGACAAUUGCUGGGAUCGGAUGAAAGUGGCCUGGUGGCGUUGGAGGUAUAGCCGCGAAGAAACCACCCCCGUUUUCGAACAAAAGGAUCAUAACGAAAACCCAGUCAAAAGUGGCGUAGAGUAAAUGAAAUGAAACAUGUUUUCUGUGUUUUGCUUCCGUCUCAGUUUGUAGUACCUUGAAAGUUAAAGUGCGUUCAAUUGCAAAAACAAUACAACAGUCUCCGUAA